GAGGAAGUCCAGUCUCUUUCCAGUCCCACUGUGCUGCCUGGGCUAUCCUGGGAUCCUAUAAUAAGCAGGUGCCUGCACCUUCCACUGGCACUGAGUCACCCCUCAGGGUGGGGUGUGUCCUGGGCCCCUGGAUGCCUGAGAAGGGGCAGGCGUGUCGAUAUGAGAAGCCAGGCCUGAGAAUGCACAGCAGAGGCCCAGGGGAGGCCACAAGCUUGGAUCCACAAGGCCUACAAGAAAGCUCGUGCGGCUGGUGCAAGGUGCAGUUAGCUUCGCUUAGACGAAAAACACCAGCCGAGGCGCUUGCGAGACUCCUCUGCUGCAGAGGGCCAGGGAAGUCCUCGGGUCCUGUGGGUGCUCUGCGCGCUGGCGGUGUCUGGCUACCUGCCGCCGUCCCGAGUGGAAACUCGGCCGCGGCUCUUGCGCGACGCUCCCCGGUUCUCGCUGCUUUCGGGGGGUCGGAGUCCCGCGGCCUGCGCUGCUGAGCUCUCAGCUGAUGGGAAGAAAGAAGGGCACGACCUGAAACUGGCGAGUCGCGCUCUGCUGCUGCUGUCCACGUGGCCAGUCUCUCCUGCAAGGGAAGCUGGGGAAAGCAGACUGAAAUCCAGGCUUCUGCUGGGCCACUGCUGGUGGAAUGGCCAGCCUGCAGGAGGCCAAUGGAAGCACAGCGUGGCCACCGCCCGCAGCAUCCAAUAUCAGUGAGCCCCACCAGUGCCUGCUGCUGCUGUAUGAGGAUAUCGGCUCCUCCAGGGUCCGGUACUGGGACCUCCUGCUGCUCAUUCCCAAUGUGCUCUUCUUCAUCUUCCUGCUCUGGAAGCUUCCCUUAGCUCGGGCCAAGAUCCGUGUCACCUCCAGCCCCAUUUUUAUCACCUUCUACAUCUUGGUGUUUGUGGUAGCCCUGGUGGGCAUUGCCAGGGCUGUGGUUUCUAUGACGGUCAGCGCCUCCGAUGCUGCGACAGUUGCUGACAAGAUCCUGUGGGAGAUCACCCGCUUUUUCCUGCUGGCCAUUGAGCUGAGUGUAGUGAUCCUGGGCCUUGCGUUUGGUCACCUAGAGAGCAAGUCCAGCAUCAAGCGGGUGCUGGCUAUCACCACAGUACUGUCUCUGGCCUACUCAGUCACCCAGGGGACUCUGGAGAUCCUCUACCCUGACUCCCAUCUUUCGGCUGAGGAUUUCAACAUCUAUGGCCAUGGCGGCCGCCAGUUCUGGCUAGUCAGCUCUUGCUUCUUCUUCCUGGUCUACUCACUGGUGGUAAUUCUCCCCAAGACCCCGCUAAGGGAGCGUGUGUCCCUGCCUUCGCGGAGGAGUUUCUACGUGUAUGCAGGCAUCCUGGCCACACUCAACUUUCUGCAGGGGUUGGGGAGUGCUCUGCUGUGCGCUAACAUCAUUGAGGGGCUCUGCUGUGUGGAUGCCACUACCUUCCUGUACUUCAGCUUCUUUGCACCGCUCAUCUAUGUGGCCUUCCUCCGUGGCUUCUUUGGCUCAGAGCCCAAGAUCCUUUUCUCCUACAAAUGCCAAGUGGAUGAGGCUGAAGAGCCAGACAUGCACCUGCCACAACCGUACGCGGUGGCCCGGCGCGAGGGCAUAGAGUCUGCAGGCCCUGCGGGGGCCUCCGCAGCCAGCUAUUCCAGCACGCAGUUCGACUCUGCCGGGGUGGCCUACUUAGAUGACAUUGCCUCAAUGCCCUGCCACACGGGCAGCAUCAACAGCACAGACAGCGAGCGCUGGAAAGCCAUCAAUGCCUGAGUGGCCACCCAGGCAUCGGGAGGUCUGUGAGGACAGCUGGGCUCCCAGGUGGAGCAGAGUGCAGCUGAGGAACUUGUGUGGAUACCCCCUAGGGACAGGUGUACCUGUGCCCUAGGCACCGGGCUCUUCCUGUUCUCCAUCCCCACUUCUCCUUUGCUGACUCUGCUCCAGCUUGGGACCCCCACGUUCCCAGCACUACGUUCCUGCUGGGGUCCUGCCUGCCUACCCCCUUGUCCCUUCCCUACAGCUCUCAGCCUCCUUAGCCACAGGGCCGCAGUGUGUAUAUUUUCUUGAUCUAUUUUUUAAUAAAAGCAGAAAGCGUA